AUGACCACUAGAUUACAUACAGUUGUUCUUCAUAAACGUUCAGAUCAAAAUAAUUUUGGUAUAUAUUUUGGUGAUGAUAUACCUUCUGGUGUUUAUGUAAUCACUAUAGAACCUAAUUCACCAGCAGCUGAUGCUAAUAUACAACCUGGUGAUAGUGUUUUAGCUGUUAAUGGACAAUUAAUAUCAGAAUUAUCUAAGAAUCCAAGAGAAGUCAUUUCAGAAAUAGCAAAACAUACUCAAACUUUAACACUAACUAUUCAAUCAUCGAAUAUACUUCAAGUUAUUGAUGAAUUAUCAACGAAUGAUUUUUAUAAUAAUUAUUAUCAAUAUCCAACAAAUCAGAGUCAAGAUAUCGAUCGUAAUUGUGAAAGUUUUGUUACCGAAUUAUUUUGUAAUGAAAAUUUAAAAACUAGUCCUGUAUCACCAUGGAAUAAUGACGAAAAUAUUCUUAUGCCCGAUCGACAUUCAGUUCAGUCUCGUCAUCGUCAUCGAAAAGGGAAACAUUAUAAAACACAAGCAUCUCAAACAUUAACUGAUGAUGAAUUAAAUGACCAUACCCAAACAUUAUCUGCACGUCGAAUUGUACCAAGUAUGGGUACAUCUCAAGUAAUUCGACGUAGUUCACAAUUACCCACAAGAAGUAAUGAAACAAAUGAAUCACAAGAAAAUAGUUCAUUGUCAAAUAGUCAAUCAACAAUAAAUCAUCCACAACUUCGUAGAGAUGAAAUAGUCCAUUAUUCUCAAGUUAGUAGUGGUGAAAGACAACAAACAAUAUUAAAAAGCAAUAAAAUAUCACCAUCGAUUAACAAUGAAGGUUUACGUGAAAUAUAUUUAUAUCGUUUACCAAAUUUUUCAGGAUUUGGCUUUUCUGUACGAUUUCAUAAAGGAUACUACCGUAUUUAUCAUAUCGAAGCUAAUAGUCCAGCUCAAUAUGGUGGUCUUCAUGAAGAUGAUAUUAUACGAAAAGUAAAUAAUCAAACAAUUGAAACAAUUUCUUACCAAAAAUUUCUUCAAUUUAUGAAGCAAAACAAUGAAGUUAUUCUAGUUGUUCAAAAUUUUAAUGAUUACGUGCGCAUUAAUCCUGAAAUAUUACGACAUGAAAGUACUAAAUCAAAAUCUGAUGCAACUAGUACUAACAGUAAAAUUGAUCAAGGUGAACGCAAAAGUGUUUUAUCUAACUUAUUUACCAAAUUAUCAAAAAGUUGA